UUUAGGAGCGCUUGUAUUUUACCGUUGCUAUUCGCAUUAAAAUUUCGAGUGAUUUUUCGAAUUAUUCGUAAGAAGUUACACCGACUAUACCGACAACAUACAGUGAUACCGAGACCGACUCUACUCGACUCGUAUUAUUGGGGGAGGCAUAAAUUAAUUAAUGUCCGCGUCCCGUCCUAACCGUACCGUUUCUACAUAAAUAUACCUACAUAUAUACCGUAUAGCAUUCCGUUUCUGGUAUUCUGAUUAAAAACAGGAUUUUGCCGAUGUGAAUGUCCUUGGCCAAAGGAGAUUUCGAAUUAAAAUUCGAAAUUUUUGAAUUAUUCAACCGCGGGCGAGGGAGAUUACAGGAUUACACCCCUAGUAGAUGCGAUGCUCUUUCACUCCGUCAGUCGUCAGUCGUGAUCAUCAUCAGAGCAUCAUAUCGGUCGGUUCUACAGUUCUACAGUUCCACUGCCAUUUCCAAUUUGAAUAUUUAUCAUUUUGUGUGUGCAUAUUUUUAUUUGAGUGUACAUUUUGGACGGUCGCGUUCCCGUUCGUGUUAGUGGUAUAAAUAUAAUGCCGGUAUUGGCACCGUCAUCCGAAUAAACAUCAGUGUAGUCCUUUUUGGCUUGUUGUUUUUUGAUGCCAAAAAAGCAGCAUGGAAUAUUAUCCCGUGGUAAACACAUCGCAUGUGCAGUAAAACAAACUUCUGGCUUGUCAUUUCACCGCUAUUCCUCUUCGUUGUCGUUACCAUUACUGUAAUCGUCACCGGCCCGUCGCCACUUGUUUUCAUUUUUCAUGUAUAAAAAUUAACAAAAAUCUUACCGACUCCGACACCGACUUGUGGACUUUUUUUGUGGAGGCUUUCCUUGUUUGUAGUUUUGUAAUUGUAAUCGGGGUUAUACGUAUAAAGUUCAUAUUAUAUGAAUACAUAAUACGCAGAGGUCAUAUCGAGUUACACUACCGACUUCGUUAGACGCAUUCGUACAUUCGCAGAACAAUAAAAUUGUUUCAAAAGUAAAUAAAAGUGAAAUUUAUUCCAAACCGAAAGUAAAACGUACAUCAAAAACAAAAAGCUCCCUUACGCCCCAUUCCACCUGACUCAGCAUAAGUAGGUAGGUAAGCGUAAGGUACAUCAUAGUGUAGUGUGGUGCUGGCCUGGCGAUACCUUAAAGUGAAGACCUUUUAGUCAACAUCCCCUCGCUUAAAAUUUUUGCUCUGCUGGUCGGUACUCGGUGGGCUGUGCCUGUGCCCCCUUAAACUGUGUACCGCGCGCGAGAGUUUAUAGAGUACUUUGUGCAUAUUCGACUGAAUAAUCAUUGCAAAAAGGAGUUUUUUCAACUAGAACGGCUUCGGCUCCAGCUUUAGCUUCGUCGUCGUAAUGUAUCGUAGGUAUCGGAUUGCAGAAUAGAUACCCGCUCGAGCUCGUACAACGAACGUAACGUACAAGACUAUGCAACUACUUUAUACGGUUUAAAAACGGUCGGUCCCGCUACCCCAGAAUGAACAAGUGAAUUAGUGCGCUCAGGUGUGAUUACAGCAUUAAAUCCGCUUGUACCUUCUGUGUGUGCAAGGUACCUAUACCACCCUACCUUACCUACCUUACCUUAGCGCUACAUUCACUCGUAUUCUUGUUCUCUCGGUGCUUGGUGUUUAUUUCAGUAAUUUUUCUUUUUUUAGUUCCAUUUUCUUAAAGCUGUUUACCUUACUAAAGCGUUUGAAGUGUAAUCCGUGGUCUUGACGAGAUUUUUAAACUUUUUUGCUUUUCAUUCUUUGUUUUGGAGUGCAUUUUGCGAAACGUAAAGAGAUUUCUUCUUGGUUUUUUGUUUUUAAGUGAGAUAGUUGGAGCAUCUGCGGGGGAUUGUGGUUAAGAGGGUGCGAGGACGUUAUCGUCGUUCGACGGCUUAGGUAGAAGAAGGAGGGCUUUCAUUCCUUAAAAAGCUAAGCCUGUUUUAAGUGGCAUCUAUUCGUGUCGUUGAGAUUAAAUGGAUACAAAAAAGAGACGAUUUAUAUUCAAGUAAAUUUUUGUAAAAUAUAAUGGCACACCAAAAGAGGUUACUAUUGUGAAUCGAAGACUUAGAAGAGCAGAAAGGAUAUCUGGGAGAUCUAGGAGAUCUGGUGAGCGCACACGAAAUGUGCUGCUUCUACAAAACUCCACUAAAAUGGACUGUGAUACUAUCAUCAAUUAUCUUUGCUCUAUGUCGAAUAGGUCACGUGCUGGCAAUACGAAAAGGGCGGCUAAUGUGCCCCAGCUCGUUCGUAGCUCUAAGUGGAGAUUUACAUGUGCAACUGCAAUAUACGAGCAUCACGGAAUAUGUGAAUCGAACGAAUGCCACGCAACAGCAGCAGGAACAGGAGCACCACCAACAACCGAAUACCUCCGCUACACCGUCAUUAACCACAAGCCGAAGCACAGUUGGUGUGCUAGAGGAGCAGGAUAAUGCGCUAACGAACCUUGUCAUUAGCAUAAUGACAAAAAAUGGAACCGAGACCGUAAGCAAUAUAAGUCUUUACCCCGACCCGAGAAAUAAUGUUACACAAAUCUCGGUGCCUUGUCAGACAUUCUAUCGGGGUGGCGAGUACACCCUGCAAGUAAUAUCCAAAACAAAUAAUAGCGGUAGUGGUAGUUCCAUCAUAGAUGAUGAACGCUUGAAACAACAAUUAGACGUCCGGUGGCCUGUGGCCAACAUGCAAGUCACUCCAAACCGACUCGUCACUUACCCUGAGAUUCCGGUCGAAGUCAAACUAUCCUUCGACCAAGUACAAUGUGACCUUAGUGCUGGCAUGAUGACUCUGAUGAAUCUGCCCGAGUUCUGGUUGGAAUUAAUUUACUGCGGUAAGGAGCUUACGUGUGCCAGUCAUAAUGACUCGAGAAGUAAUAUCCUUUAUGCCGAGGAGAUCCGAGGUUUUCCCAAACACAAACUAAUUAAGUUGCGUUGUGAGCUUUUCGGAUUAGCCGGCAAUUAUGCGGUCCGGCUGAGGCCUAUACCUCCGACCCCUGCCGAAGCGGUUACGUCAGCAGCCAUACAGUACAUCAGCGUUGAUUGGAGUAACAAGUUUGUGUUCAACGUCUAUGCCAGGAGUAUAUUCCCUUGCGACCCGCACACCGGCAUCGGAGUACUGUAUGAAUAUCCAGCGUGCAUCCUGGAACAGGGCGACCGGGUGAGGUUGUUUGCAAAACUUCGUGCCGAUGUGGCAUCGUUAAAACCACCUACAUCACUGCAUUACGUGGCCGAGCAACGUGUGGUCAAAAGUCAGUACUCGCUGUAUUUUAAUUGCGAACUUUUUUCAGAAAAAUACGUCGAAUACUGCUUCGUGUAUGUCAGCCAGGGCAUUUCGGGGGCCGUGGCCGACGUUCGGAUGGACUGUGUGCCAACAUUGCCCGUUAAAGAAUCGGACACUGGUGGCUGGGGACCGUGGAGCGACUGGACGGCAUGCUCGACUAAUUGUUUGGGAGGCACUAGGAAUCGGUAUCGAUUCUGUGAUUCUCCACCACCCCGCUAUGGAGCAAAGUUUUGCGAGGGUCCCUCAGUUGAAACAGCAAAAUGCGGGAAAUCCAUAUCAGACACUUGGGAUUGUAUCUACGAAUCAACAGGAAAAUCCUCAACAGCGAAUCGCACCGAUGUCUCACAGGAAAUCGGUCCUGGUUGUCGGUGUGGCUGCAUAGUUCAUUUGGGAUCGUCAAAGCCAAAGCGAAUUAUUGCUGGAGCUACACAGAGCUGUCCUGGGCGUUCGUUUUGGUUAAUUCAAGUCGAUGGUGAUGAUACAAUAUCAUUCGAAAUAAGUUUCCUUCGCCUUCCAUGUGUUAGUCAAUAUAUAAAAAUACGAAAUGGACCGUCUCUAUCAUCAGCACUUCUAACCGAGUUAAUAAGUAAUGAUGAUAUUGAAACACAAUCGACUUGGGAAUCAACAGGCCAGCAUAUUUUAGUAGAAUUUUACUCUGGAGAUAGUAAUUUGAUUGAAGCAUCAUGUACAGGAGGUUUUCUAGCAAAUAUCGAACAGAUACAACCAUCAAAUCAAACAAAUAAAAUUGUUGUAAGAAGUCGAGCUGUCAUCCAGGCUAAGAUGAAAACCAACUUCACUCUAGUACAUUUGUCAGCUGUUGUAUUUGCUAGUAUAAUAAUUCUAAUAAGUGCACUUUUAGGAGCACAAUAUAUUGUACGAUAUAGGAAAUACCAUCUAGCUAUUAGUGAAAGACAUGAUCAUACAUCCCCGAUUCACACUCCCAUGACGUCGAUGGGAUCACUCCAUAAUCCUCCAUCAAGGGCAGUUUCGACAACAACUUUACUUUCUGAAGUCAUAUACAUGGUCAAAAUUCGUCCUAAGAGACAGUUGAGACACUCAAUAUUGAGGGAAAGCAUAGAUGCUGAGAAUCUUGCCAAAGAAACCGAGAUGAAUGAUACAGAAUUACUCACGAAAUGUGAUGAAAUGGGAAGCAAUUCGAGCAUAGUGACGUUACGUAACGAGAUCAAUACUGAAGACAGUCUAACCAAUAGCCCUGAGGAUCAGAAGGACUCAGCAUCAAUGCUAUCAGGAGUGAGUUCAUCUGCUAGCACAUUCUUACGCCUUAGUAAACAUUCCAAAUAUCCCGACAGGGACGAUGGAACAUUAAAACGAAAAAGCCUUUCACCAAACGAUGACUCCAUCAUCGAGUGUUCCUCGAUCCGAUCACAUUCGAUCAGAGACAGUGAUCGAUUCAGUCAAAUGGACACAAAAAGUAUAUCAGCUUCUUUAACUAAUGGGUGUUAUUCACCAGCAGCAAGUAUCGUAAGUAGAGCCACUAUCCGUACAACAAAUCAAAAAGAAAGCAAAGAAAAGCAGAAUCGUAGGAAACUUCUAGCACGUCCAGGAUCAGAAUUCUCUCUGGGAAAUCCAGAAGAUUUUGAGCUGGACUAUUAUGAUUAUGAUGUUAUCAACGCCGGAGCAGCACCUGGUUCAUACUUGGGUAUGGAUCCGGCUUAUUUAGUGUGGAUUCCUCCAAUGGACGAAGAAACGAACAUCGACGAAGUAAAUAAAACCCCUGAACCGAUCUACGAGGAAAUUCUUCCCCGACCAACUAGUGUUAGCCCAGAAAGCAACACUGAAACACCCGAAUCAGAAUUAAGUCGAAGUAAUAGCGUAUCAAAAGUUGCUCGAUCGCCUUCCGAGACAAAUCUAAAGAAUGUCCUCAUCCAGAAGUCAAUAGCUGCUGCUGCUUCAGUUUCCCAUGAAGGAACUCCAAUAUUGAGUGUGCGGCGAAUAAGAACUCAGAAGCCCAACAAUCAAGAGAAGUCAACAGCGCGUCUAUCAUCGGAAUCUAAUUCGGAGAAGGAGACAUCCGUAGUCAAAUCUCCAAGUGAUUUACAGGAUUUCUAUGAAUUGGAUGACAUUCAGUUUGCCGAUGAGGAAAGUGAAUCGUCAGAGCAUCAGCAAAUCAAAGCUUUAGCGCCGAGGGUAAGUUACUUAAAAACUGUCGCCAUUGAUAAUCAAUCGAUUGCGUCGAGUACGGAACAGAUAGCAUUAUAAAUGUAUAAAAAUUAGUCUUAGGUCGUAAGCUUAAGUCAUUAAUAAAAUUAUAUAUUUAUUAUGUAAAUAAGAGAAUUUAACUUUUAAGUAAAAACAUUAUAUGUAUGUAGAUUAAUCUUAGAAAAGCACAAAAUAUUAUUUACACAUUAUACACCAAAUGCAAUAACUUAAGAAGUGGAAAGAACCGGAAACAGUAUGGGGAGCUAAGCGGAAGUUAAUCUUAAAAACACUUCGUUUUAUUUUUGGCUAAGCUCCUAACCAUGGAUACCUUUCACAUUUCAAUCCUCCAAUCAUCAAAAACAAUUCCAUCAUAAUAUCAUUUCAAUAACUGUGUACCUUUAAGAAAAACUUUAAAACUAUAAAAUUAUACUCCAAAAUCAAUAAACAAUCAUCACUUGCAUAUACCAAAAAUGUAUAAUAGAUUUUAAUAAAAUAAAAACUAACUUUGUCGUCAUAAUGUAUAAACUAGCUAUAGCCUAAUGGCUGAAUCACAAACACGCUUCAGCUUCGUCUGCGUUACGGUGGAUCUGCUUCGAGGUUGCUUUGAAUGACAUUUCUAUUAUUUCAUCCAUCCAAAAAGCAAAUAUUUUGUUUUUUGACAUUUUUUACAGCUAUUUAGCUGUCAGAGAAAGCAAAUGUUCAGAUAAUUGAACUAGAGCUUCCGUUUGGAGUCACAUUACGUUCUUUUCCUUACGAUUGUCAGACGAAACGUGAGGUCGAAGCUCCAUUGUGAUAGCAUGCAUUAAAUUCUUAUGGCUGAACUCGUAAACGUCAGGUGAAGCCGAAUCUGAAGCGUGUUUGUGAUUCAGCCAAUAAAUCAUUUUGAGUGUGAAGUUAGCGAAGCAACAUUCGCCGGUCCAAAGUUUUUAGAUGAAUGACUUUCAGGCUUGUAGAAGAUAUAUAUGUAGAUUGUAUUCUUUGAGUUUACCAACCCAUUAUUUAAGACUUUAUACAUUCUUCUGCAUAUUAUUGCAGUCUGCAUUCUUUUACAGUCUUUGCAUUCUUUUGAAGUAUUUAAGUGAAUGUCUCAAAUGAUUCCAAUCAAAUGAGUAGGCACAAAAUUAUUGCAAUGUUUUUAAGGUCAAAUGUUUGGUGAUGGUAAAAUGAAGUCACAAUUUCUGCGUGAAGUCAAUAAAUGCAAUCUUUAAGUUGAGUUCGGUAAAUGAUUUAUAUUGAUAAGAAGACUGAUAAUUGGUCACUAAAUAGUCUUAAAUUUAUCAGCCACAUUUUAACUGUCACAACGACUUAUCAAUCGGUAAAUAUUGAUUUGCUAAUUUGACACUCAUCGUUUGCAAAUAUGUUUCACUGCCAAGUUUAAAAAAUCUCAUAAAUUUUAUUUGUUCAUAUUUAUGCCAAAGAUAUUAAUAAAUUUAAAAAUAAAACAUCUGCAUUUUAUAUAUUAAGAUUAAGAAUUUUCGGACCACUUAAAACAAGUGCUUUAUUUAAAAAAAGAAA